CUUUGAACUCCUUAAAGGAGCGUCAGUGAACCGAGCACAUAAAGAGGAAUAAGAGGAACUGUCUGGAGCAUCUGCGCUCUCUCUGCCUUUCACACCAUGAAGUUACCGACUGUGCUGUUCUAUGGCUGGGCCUUGGCUGGUUCCUUCACAAUCCAGGUAACUAACGCAGCGACGUCUUCAAUUAUAAAUGCAACAACUACAAGACCAACAACCAACACCAUGAGCAUGCCAUCAACAGCCAGCACCGUAAAUUACACAACUCCAUCAAAUGCAACCACAAUAACACCAACAAACCGCUCCACCUCGCCAAUGAUGAACGCCACCACUGCCACCACUGCGAUGCCUUCAAAUAGAAUAUCUACUGUACCUUUAAACGCUACCACCACAUUGAUGCCACCUCAUGCCACCUCGUCACUGCCAGUAGAUGCCACUCAUGUGAUGCCUUCAACCACUGUGAAUCCAUGGAGCUCGACUUCGGCCAACACGACAACGAAGGGAACAAACGUGACCAUGGUGACGUCAGCUACAGCUACUACAAUAACACAACAUGGCAACAGUACCGUAGCUUCUACCAAAACUACCACGUCUCCUGGUACAACACCAUCCAGCAGCCCUGAUGUUCACCCUGAGCUGAUCACUUGCACAUUAUUGAUUCUUCUGUAUCUACUGCAGAACUAAACGUUUUCCAUUAGCUUGUGCCUGAGAUUUUAAGUGUUCAUUUACACAUACAUUUAAUUCUCCAUAAACCUUCAGUUUAAUACACAUAUUUUAAUCUGUACACGUCAAUGUGAAUGAGCUGUUGCUAUAGAAACGAUAAGGUAUCGAGUGCAUUAAUAUACAGUAAAGCUAUGUGUGAAAUAAUUAAUAUACAGUAAAGCUACUUCAGCUGUGCGAGCUCCAGAAUUCAGCAGCAGUGAGGUGGAAUUAGCUUUACAAAUCAUGUAACAGUCAUGCUUUAGUCUUCUCAACCACAAUAAUGUUAUGUUGAAGUUUGCUUUCUGUCACUUUCAGCCAUCAGAACCACAGAAAUCUGUGUUUCUAGACUUCCUGUUUAAUGAUUCAUUACCUCUCUGAGGAAAAGAAAUCAAAUCCUUUUCAAGGUCACAUCAUAGAACUUUCCUUGUGAUUAAUCAAUGCUGUGUGAUGAUUAAAAAUAAAGUUCUUUCAGG